AGUCUACGACGUGCGUGGAAGAUGGAGAAGAGUGGGAGCCUCACAGAGUGGGUGUACGCGUUCCUGACCGAUCCAGAGGACCUUACCAUGGUGUCGACGGCAAUACAGUUGUCCUACAGCUGCAUUACAAGUACAUCCACCAGCCACGUCUUCAACUCGGUGGGAAUCGGCCUCACCAACCAGAUUAAAUAUACCGGGGACAUCAUUUCUUCGUACAAGGCUGUAUCGAUAAACUCCGGGGUGUACAAGGAUCAGGCGGACGGUGACAUCACCAAGCCAUACGCCCGUUUGUCGAUGGAGCUCAAGCAACAGUUUGACUCAUGGGAGAUCAUCACAGAAGCGGACCCAUUCGAAUUCGCCGAGAUUCUUGGUAACAUCGGAGGGUUUUGGGAUCUGAUCCUGAUUUUAUGGCCUUUGUUCUUUGUGGCGGCCAGCCAGCCAGAACCAAAUCUCAAGCCUCGCAACUUUGCGAAAUCGUUCACCAGGACAGUAGAGCGCUUCUCGGGCAUGACGAAAACAGUCGCCAACUCGGGGCCUAUGAGGCGUAUCGAAUCUAUCGAGAUGAGAAACGGAACGAGCGGUGCAUCCCUGGAAGACGGCCUCCAAGAAGAGCCGGUGCCGUGGGAACAUCCACCCGCAUUAGGGGUACAGAGGAGCCUUUCAAGAAGAGUACCUAAUAGCUUCCGGGUGAUGCAGCCCGAUGCUUGACCCGUUUGGGACAUCCAUCCCCAAAGUUGGUCGGAAAAUGUGUGUGUUGUAGUCUAAACCAAUGGGUGCUUUUGCAUGGCGCUCCAUUUUAUGUUUGGAAUGAACCAAUACAUGCAUGAUUAGGGAUGAUCUUUCCAGUAUUUAUAUUUCAAUCGGUGAGGAUGGCGUGUUGUCGUGAUUUUUGAGCCUUUGGAGUAAGAUACCAUCUGGGUGGGCAUGUCUUGUACAUAAUCACCUGCCGAGCUGUGUUCCGUAUUGAUGCAAGCAGCGGGCCAUUCGCUGUUUGGUAGCAGCAAGCACGUUUGUAUUUAAUUCUUCAGUGUUGCCUGGGAUCGAGGGAUGGCCAGUGAUUACCAAGGGAUGGGAUAGGAAAGGAAAUUAGACUGAAACAGAGCCACAACUCUACACACAAUGGUCGGAUUCCCUCCACAGUGAAAGAUCGAGUCACAUUUGGCCCCGGCUUGGGAUCCACGUGCGCAAGGGCUUUCUGGUUUUGGUCUGAUUGAGAUUUUUUCUGGGUGUUGGGCGUCUGUCUUCCUUUUGUGCGCUUCCCUCGCUCUUCAAAGGCAAAAUGAAACCAUCAGACUAAAUAGUCCUG